CUAGAGACGCCGGCAGUCGCGCGGGAAACUUCGCGGCACUCGGUCGGGCUUACGUCUGUAAGCAGCUCCGUGAAAUCUAUCUCUCGAUCAUAUUUACGAUAACUCUCAUCGAUUCGUGCGAGAUAUCGACGGCUACCGUGUUUUUUGACAUAAACUGUGAUCGUUAAUUGAUGUGGUUGUUGGACUCGGCUGCCAUAAUGUCCGGCUAAACAAUUUUGUAAAAUAAAAGUGAAAAAAACAACGCUGUCCAAAUGAAGAUGACUGUGAAUCGUAUAAGGGUGGUGGUGCUAGGGAGCCCCCGGAGCGGCAAGUCUGCGGUGGUCGUGCGUUAUCUAACAAAGCGGUACAUCGGAGAAUAUAGCUCGACAGGAGAUUUCCUUUAUCAGCACAGAGUGGUUUUCGACGGAGCCGUUUCAGAAGUUGAAAUACUAGAUACAUCUAAUUGCGCGAUCCGAGGCUGCCUCGCGGAGCACGUGCGAUGGGGCGACGCCUUCGCUGUGGUCUACUCCGUCUGCGAGCGUCGAUCAUUCCUCGCGGCUGCUGAGCUGCUGUCCUUGUUGGAACAAACCCGCCUGCCCGGCUGUGCUGCCGUCACCCUCUUGGGAAACAAACGAGACCUCGAACACGCAAGGGAGGUCCACGCAGAGGAGGGUCAGGAGCUGUCGCUGCGGUUCGGAUGCCAGUUCUACGAGGUGUCGGCGGCGGAGUCGUGCGCGGGCGCCGCGCUCGCCUUCCACGCGCUGCUGCGCGAGGCGCGCGCGCUCGCACUCCUGCUGCCCGCGCCCAGGCGCAAGCUCGCCGCAUACUCCGUCUCUAAGGUAAUUGGCACAAUAUUCGGGAAAAACAGCAAAAGUGUCAGAAAGAAACGGCCGUCUCUCAGCAUUUAAGAUGUUAUUAAUUUAUUUUUAGAACUUACUUACUUAUUAAAUCCCCCAGACUGGUUUGUAUAUAAUUAAUUUUAAUUAGAUUAAGCUAUUCUUUAAGGUGAUCUUAUCAUGUAGCUGCAUUAAUGUAGGUAUCCUACAUUUGUGAAUUUGAAAAUAGGACUAUUGGUUCAAACUAGGCACGGCAUAUCGAAAAAUAUCUCAAAAGCCAUAUUAAACUUUAUAAGAUAUGUAAAUAAACUGAAUAAUGUAAAUAAAAUGAAAUCGUAAUAAGCCUCGCAUUAGAAUUUAUUUUUUGAGUAUAAACAUUGUAAAUAAAAAAUGAAUGCAUAAAAGAUUGUGUGACUGUAGUGAGAUACAGUUAUGUGAUUAUAAUACAUUUUUAUACGAUAAA